AUGACCGAGACUUACGACUUCCUCGUUGGCACGUUCAACACUCCUGAGAUCUACACCCUAAUAUUCACCCCUCCCUUGUCGUCUUCGAGGAGCUCUUCGGGUAAACUAGAAGUACUUCACUGUGCGUCUGCCAUCGGGUCGCACUCCUGGCUUCAUCUCUCCCCCGUGAAGGGAGACGGAACCCGGAACCUCUACGCUACAGCUUGGACAACACCUCCCGCCGUGGCUGCUUAUACCGUCAAGUCUCCCACAGAUAUCCAGCUCCUGAACAGUGCACCAACUGAAUCCCGCAGUGGCUACGUCACAGCGAACGAUGUAGCUCUAUAUUCGGUAGGAGGAGCAACAGGAGAGGUCUUUAGCCUGGAUCCAAAGUCUGGCAAGAUUAUCGCGCCACUGGAGCCUGGUCACACUGAAGCAAAUGGCGUUGGGAGGGGGAAUUCACCAGAAAUCAAACCAUUGCAACACCUUUCCUUUGUGUUGAAUGUGGCUCAGCGCGAUGAUGGCAGUGUCAUGGACUUUGGAGGACUCCGCCACGGCGCCCACUCCGCAGAUCUCUCGCCUGAUGGCCGAGCCCUCUACGUUGCAGACAUUGGCCGAAACUGUAUCUGGUCAUAUUUGGUUGAUACUGAAACGGGAAAGCUCACACAUGAGAGAAGACAGGGCGCGCCUCGUCGCGAGGAUGGACCGAGACAUGUCUGGCCUCACCCUACCGGGAAAGUCGUUUAUUGCGUGCAAGAACACACCAGUAUCGUGGACGUUUACUCCACCUACGAGAACGGACUGUCUCUCCACCAUGAACAAGCCGUCCGAAUCAUCCCUGUAGAGAAGACAUCGAAGGACUACUGGGCGGACGAGGUACGGACGAGUUUGUCUUCGGGAGACAAACCAAAGUAUUUGUACGCCAGUGUACGGGGCCUGAAGGAGGGCACGAAGGGAUGGGUCGCAGUUUACAGGCUGACUGAUGAAGGUAAGGUCAAGGAAUCACUCGGCCCUCAUAGGACCUACGCGGCGACGCCCAUGGAAACCGGCUUAAUGCCGGACAUUGAAUUCAAUGCAUCCUACGGUGGUUUGCAGUAUUUGUGGGAGACACCUACGAGUGGCGGUUGGGCAAAUGCAAUCCAACCAGGUCCAACCAUUGAUGGAGUCGAGUACCUUGCGAUGACAGAUAGUGAGCAAGGAUUUGUUUUUGUGCUGGGUUGGGAUGGCGUCGAGAUGAAAGAAGUUGCGAGGACGAAGCUGAAUGACGGCGCGGGAGCUGCGACAGCAGUGUGGCUUUGA